GGAAUCAAGCUGUAAUCAAAAAAUAAUUUUCAGCCUGUGAUAUCGGUAGCCCAAAUUUAGCAGGUCGUCCACUGAUAUUAGGAAUGCGUUGGAACAAGUGAAUACAGGGAAGGCAAGGUUGAUGACAAAAACAAGCACUAAUCAUUGACAACUAUUAGCUUAUGUUGAAACACAUGGCUUGUUGGCUGUGGAACAGCAUGGAUUCCGACCAGGACGAUCCUGCUUGACAAACCUACUUUUGGCUAGGGAAGACUGGGUUGAGGCCAGAGAUAGGAACUAUCUGUUGGACGUGGUUUUUAUUGAUCUUAGCAAGGCGUUCGACAAAGUAUCCCACCUAGGUCUCCUUAGUAAACUUAGAGGUUUCGGACUAGACCAAUGCCUAUGUGAGUGGUUUAGAGAUUACUUAAUGGAUAGAAGGCAGGUUAGAGUUAACGGUGUACUAUCAGGAUGGAAAGCAGUAUCCAGUGAAGUGCCCCAGGGAACUGUAUUAGGUCCAUUGCUAUUCCUAUUAUACGUUAACGAAUUACCAGGGGUUCUUUCUUCAUCUUCAUUAUUAUUUGCAGAUGACAUUAAGAUAUGGAAAACUGUAAACAAUAACGAGGAUAGGUCGGCCCUACAAACUGAUUUAGAUAAAUUAGCUGAGUGGUCAAGCCUAUGGAGUUUGGAAAUGAUUGCUAGGAAAAGCGCGGUAAUGCACUUAGGUCAGAAGUCUUAUGCGUUGUACUCCCUAGGGGACGCAGAACUACCUGAUGUUAACGAACAGAAGGACCUAGGAAUCAUUGUCAGCAAUGAUCUGAAGACAACUGCAAAUUGCAAUGCAGCCGCAGCUAAAGCUUUUCGAAUGCUAUGGGCAAUUCGAAGGACUUUCAAACGAUUAGACGAGGGCAUGUUCCAAAUACUCUACGCAACAUAUGUCAGGCCUCAUCUAGAAUACUGCAUACAAGCGACGAGUCCAUGCUUCAAAAAGGAGGCACAUAUUCUGGAAAGAGUACAGAGAGUAGGAACAAAAUUAGUUAGUGGUAUCUCACACCUUCCUUAUGAUAAGAGGAUGGAGCAUUUAAAUCUCUUCCCGUUAUCAUACCGAAGGAAGAGAGGCGACUUAAUUUUGGCAUACCGUAUACUUAAGGGUGAUUUAGGAACUGACCUUUCUAACCUUUUCUCCCCUUCCAGGAUACAUUUACGGGGUCACCGCAAAAGGUGCUCAAACCAAGGACGAUUAAAAUACGUGCAGAAUUUAGAUUCUCUCACAGAGUGGUCAACGAUUGGAACUCCUUACCUGAUUCAGUAGUAUCAGCUCCAUCGGUGAACGCUUUCAAAGAGAAGUUAGAUCUUUGCAGAGAUAUACUUUGCAAGGAUUAACACAGGCCACAAGAGCCUUCUAUCUUUAUCAUCUGAAUCUGACAAUGGGUGGAAUCCGAAAGAGGUCACUUUCUUCACUUAUCUAGGCAGGAUCGCUUCAAAUAUAGACGACACAAAUAAUGGCAAAGCCAGUUAGUAUCGGAAGAGCAUGACAGGCCUGCAUCCAUCUAAAAUCAAUGUGGAAAUCUGCUGCGAUUAACAUAAACAACAAAAUUCGAGUUUUCAGCACCCAUGAUAAUUCAAGUUUUCUAUUUAGGUCAGAAACUGACUGCGUCGCGGAAAGCACUUCCAACGGCACGCUGCAAACUUACCAACAGCUGCCUUCGCUGGCUCCAUACUGAAGAACAGAUGGCCUGAAAGAAUUAGUAACACGAAACUCUGAGGGCGAACCAAUUAGGAACCUACUGUUCCACAUGAAUGCCGAAGGAAAUGGAGACGGAAUACAAAUAUGCAGAAAGGACCGUAGAGUGAAAUCACACUCCAGGCAC